GGACACGAUGCAACGGGCGCUGCGCUUGAAGAAAAACAAACAAGCUGGUCCCUUCUAUGACCGCCUUAUUCUAUACAAAGAAGAAUUGCUGCGCACCGGCUGCGGCUGCGCAAAUUCUGCGGUACAGAAGCUUAUAUUACCUUCCAUCACACGAGUCAAAGCGCAGAUAGAACGUGACCGCGUAAUGGGGUUUUAAAAACGCGGUAUUACCCUACGAGGUUGCUCCAGAACCACUGCCACCAUCAUCAAUCAUGCCUGCAAGGGAGAAAAGCCCCACGAGCCAAGAGGUCAGGAAAGCUGGACGAGCAGCCGUUGCAGCUCUCAUCCAGAACAAUAUCAGAAGCUGUCUAUUCGGAAGUGCUGCUUGUCAGAUUUACGGGAUGAAGAAUCGUCUACCCAAAGACGUCGACAUCGUCCUCCUCACCAACGACGGCCGUGAUAUUGAAUAUAUCAAACAGCUUAUUGUUGACACGAACGACAAGUUCUAUCUCGUCCCUUCCAAGAACCCCAAAGCCACCUACGAAAAACUCUACUUUAUCCUUCCAGGAAAACGACGGUCAUGCAAAGUCGAUAUCGUUUUACCAGGCAACGCCACAGACCUGAACAUCCCAGUCAUACCUUCCACGGAAUUGUGUUACAUUUCCCCAUAUAACGAUAUACCCGUCAUGCCGGUGGUGACUUUGCUCCUGAUGAAGCUACAAGGAUGGAUACACCACCAGGCUUCACCGGAAUCUCACAAACGUGCCAAGGUACCAGAAGAUGUGAAGGAUAUUCUAGAACUCCUUAAGCUCGCCGUGGAGGAAUAUGAUGCUCAUAUGGAUGAGGAGCCUUGGAUGCCAACUCGCUUUGUCAAUGUGGCGACGGCGAGAGUAAAGCAAUUCGUGAAGAUUUAUCCCAAGUCAAAGGCUAGUUGGCGGAAGGUCGGAUUUCAGAUCUAGGGUUGUUCAGUCCAUUUCCGUUUUUGUGUUUAUGCUUUCGUUAUCUUGCUCAUCGUUGUUCUUGCUACGCCCCCCUACUCUUUCUCCAGACCGCUAUGCCAGUGUAUGAAAUAGACCCUUUGUUCUUCGAAUGUAAUUACAUCAAGUAGUAUUCUUUCUCUGUCACCCAAGCCUUUUUAUAAUUACAGUCAAAGUGUUUUUUACUUAGACC